GAUUUGGUUGAUUUGCUGUUUGUGGUGAUUCGUGCAACAUAAACAGCAACGCGAGAGUUGGAAACUUACCUCCUCACUGUACAACUGUCAAAGGACAAGUGGAACCGCGCAUGACCCGGGAAUAGACUCUACUGUAAGGCCUUGCAAGAUAAUAAUCUAAAGAGAAAACUGAAGAAAUGGCAGCUCCUGGCCAGGUGGGGAAAGUCCGUGGAAGUAAAGGACGGAAUGACAGAGCGCUUGGUGAUCAUGGUAAAACUGCGGCAACCAGAAUGAAAACAUCUGCUCACACCGCCACAUAUGGACAUAGUGCAAAAGUGCCAAACAGAUGGAAGGGAAGGCACAAAGCUGAGGACAACGAUCUUAAGGAACUCCCAGUCAUCGACGUAAAGAAAUAUAGUCACCACUGCCUGCAGUGUGAAGCCUCAUUUGUAUCGAAGUCCCAACUGGAAAAGCAUAUUCAGUGGAAACAUGCAGAAAGAACGCAAGCAGCAGUGGAUGUGAAAGUUGCAAAAACAGUUGGUCGAGGUCGAGGUAGAAAAAGGGCAACUGAAAAUGCAGAAGCCUCGCCGAAGAAGUGUAAGAAGAAGAAGAGAGAUUUAAGUCGGCCCUCGGAGAAUGGGGAAUGUUCGCCGCAGAGCAGAAACAACAGCGUAACUAACGCCACAAACGCUCAAGAUGCUCUGGUGUCUAAUGAGCUGAACAAAAGCAAGAAAAAGAUAUUAAUGCCAGAGGAAGACCCAGAGCGAACAAAACACAGGAGGAAACAGAAGACACCUAAGAAGUUUACAGGAGAACAGCCAUCCAUAUCCGGCACUUUUGGACUGAAAGGCCUGUCAAAAUCAGAUGACAAGAGAAGGGGAAAAGGCAAGAAGAAAAAUAAGAGCUUGUGCGCUGAAGAUGUGCAACAGAAACCUGUGGGAGUCCAUGUAAAGAAAGAACCUGUCACGCAUUUACCAGGUAGCCAGGAAGAAAAGUGGCAUCAGGAGAUUACAGAGAAAGGAGAGAUCAUCUGUCCUAACUGUGUGACUGUGCACCGAAAGACUGUCGCAGGUUUGAAGAAGCACCUGGAAAUUUGCAAGGAGUUGCAGGAUGCAUUGAAAUGCCAACAUUGCGGCAAGCAGUUUAAAUCUAAAGCUGGUCUGAAGUAUCACAUGCUGGCAGAACACAACAAUAAACCUGUGAUGAACACAGAGAAGUUACUGGAUGAACAGCAGGAACGUGACAGACUCCGAAGUGUUCUUAAACAAAUGGGAAAACUAAAAUGCCCCAAUGAGGGAUGCAUAACAACAUUUACCAGCCUAAUGGGCUACCAAUAUCAUCUAAAAAGGUGUGGGAAAGAACCGGAAGAUAUUGAAAAAGCUGUUUUCAUUUGUGAGCAUUGUGAGAAAGAAUACAAAUCAAAGGCUGGUCACGACAAUCAUGUGAAAUGUGAACAUACAGAGGUAACUGAUGAUUCUGAUCACAAAUCGGUUGAUGAAGAGUUGGAGAAUUCAUUUGAGAAGACUCCGAGUGGGCGUAUUCGCCGUAGAUCUGCACAAGUGGCUGUCUUCCAUCUCCAAGAUAUUGCCGAGGAUGAGCUGUCAAAACUUUGGACUAGAAGAAGAAAUAAAGAUGACCUAGUCCCGGACAUCAAGCGACUUAAGUACACCCGUCCUGGAUUCCCCACGUUCAACCCCACACAACUGGAAAGUUGGAAAAAUGAAGUCAAAGAAAAUGGUCAGAUCUGCUGCCCAAAUAACCAUUGUGAAGCUAUUUACUCAAGUUUUUCUGGACUGAAGGCUCAUCUAGCAACAUGUACUAAGGGCGAGCACCUAGUCGGGAAAUACAGAUGUUUGAUUUGUCAGAAGGAGUUUAGCUCGGAAAGUGGAGUGAAAUAUCACAUCAACAACUCACACUCUGAGAACUGGUUUAGGGCCUCUGCAGAAAUCCAACAGAGGAGCAGAAGAGAACUGAAGGUUGCAAACCCGGAGAGGAAGGAACCCUCGUCAGUCAAGAAGAGGGGUCGCAAGCCCAGGGAGAAAGCAUCAGAGCUUUCGAGAAGGGACAAGGAGAUUGGGGGAGCACAGACCACGACAGAUCACACCACCAGCCAGUGCGCCCCAGGUCUGAAGAGCAAUAGCAAAGUGAAACGGAGGAACACCUUACCCAGCAGCAAAAAAGGAAGAUGCAAGGAGGAGCACAAUGAAUGUACACAUUAAGGUACAGCUUCACUACUCUGGGGACAUGUUCGCCCGGCCUCCAAGUACGAUAAAUGAAGAAUGAUAAAUUAAUAUAAGAUAGCACUACCUAACAAGUAGUACGAUAUAUUACGUACCUGCAUUUGGGCCCAGACAGGAUGAGUGUCUUUGCAGAGAAAUGCCACUCCUUGCAUCUAGGUUAAAAAUGAAUGGAGAAAUAAUCCAUAAGUCGUUUUAGCACAAAGGGUUAUAUGGCUAUUUAAUACUGCUUUGUUACUAUAUACUGCUCUAUGAAUUAAUAGUUUAUCAUUUUUUUUAAUAAAGUAGGCACUAUUACGGGGUAAAAGGUGUUAAAUACAAAAAGAAGAGAUUUGUUACGCUUUUUAACAAUAUUAGAAAUGUUGGUUUAUAGCUAGUAUUGGAUUGCACAUUGAUCAAAUUGGUUAUUUAUUUAUAUCGGUGAAAUUCUUUUUAUUAUUUAAACAGAAAAAUUUAAUAAAUUAAACUGCAAUCCAAGUCUAUUAGUUUAUAUUUAUAAUUAUUUAUCAAUAUAAACUAAUGUUUUUAUAUAUAACUAUAGAACCAAGGCUGUGUAUAUAUUUCCAAAAUAACUAUUAUAAAUGAUAUAAUAUACAUAUAUAUAAUAAAUGGUGGGACUGAAGGUGGUAGGGGUAAUUUUUAUAGGCAGGUGCAUGAUUUUCAUAUCAAUAAUCAUGGGAAGCUUCCUUAAGGGCAACGUGUAUAGUAAAAUUAUUCCUUGAAUAUGGUGAAUGUGACUUCUUAUUUCUAGGUUCAGUACAUUGGAAUUACUGCAGAAUGUCUUAUUUCAUAGGCUUAUUAUUUUCGAAUGAUUUAGCGCCCGGUUUCAGGGUCUAGUAAUUGAAGGAUGACGUGCAAACCUAUCCAAGAAUCCAUAGAAACAUAGAAACAUAGAAAAUAGGUGCAGGAGUAGGCCAUUCGGCCCUUCGAGCCUGCACCGCCAUUCAAUAUGAUCAU